GGAAUAAAGUCAUUAUAUUUCAAGCGGAAAAAAGAAAAUUAAGUUAUAGUAAUGGUCAAGGAUAUUUGAUAUUUUAGUAAAUCAGUUUAUCUCUUUAGUCUUUACCCGAUAAAGAUGUUAUUUUAUUUUCUCAUACAUUUUGUGUGUGUAUAUAUGUAUCUAUUGCUGUUGUAUCAUAUAUGUACAACAAAAAUAUAUAGUGCGUCAUCUUUUAAUGGGCAUAUUACGCAUAUAUUUUCACACUUAUUUUCACAUUCUGAUAAAAAAAUUAUCUCUUGCAUAAGUAAUAUAAAAUUAAUUACAUUACAGUAUUAAAAAAUUACUCACAAUUAUUUAAAAUAAAAAAAUAUUUUUCAAGAG